AAUAAAUCAAUGUUUCAUCUCUAGCUCUUUUGGUUGGGUAUUUAUGUAAAUUACUUAAAAAGUGCAUAAAUGUGCACUUUAACCGUAGAAGAAAAAAGUGUUGAGUUGGACCCACAGGAAAACCAAGCGACGGAAGAAUAUAACGCUUUCUUCGGCCCUUUCAAAGUCUCAGGCGACGUGUUGUAUUCGGGGCGCGGCGCCCUCUGAAAAGACCAGCGACAGACGUCCUUUGGCAACAAAGCAAUAUCAAUACUUUUUGUUCUGCCAGUAUCCCGAAGCAGCCGUCAGUCACAAUGGCCGAGCGACCGAAAAAUUUGUUUGCAACUGGACCCAGUCGCUCGCGCAACCCUCCCGACCAGCUCAGUCUGAACAACCUCAGCAUUCGCCAUCCGCCCUCGUCCACCUCGUCGACUUCGUCCGGGUCUACAUCGUCGGGCUCAAGUUCCUCAUCUCAGCAUAACAAUGUGGCGCUGCGUUUCAGUGCACAGCCCCCGAUAGCCACCAGCAGUGUCAGUGGCGCAGUUGCCAGUGCCGGUGCCUGCGGCGGAGGCGGCACAGCGCCGGCUUCAAGCAGCAGCAGCAGCAGCACGGCUACAGACCGGCAUCGGGAGCGCAUACGCCAGCAGGCCUGCGGCAAGCUACAGUUUGGCGAGGGUGCUGCCAACGCACAUCAGUUUACAUCAGAUGAUCUCGAGGAUGAGGGCGAGAUAGGGCGCGGAGCCUUUGGUGCCGUCAACAAGAUGAUAUUCAAGAAGCUGGACAAGGUUAUGGCAGUGAAGCGCAUCCGCUCCACUGUCGACGAAAAGGAACAAAAGCAACUGCUCAUGGAUCUCGAGGUGGUCAUGAAGUCCAAUGAAUGCAUCUACAUUGUUCAGUUCUAUGGAGCGCUCUUCAAGGAGGGCGAUUGCUGGAUAUGCAUGGAACUGAUGGACACGUCGUUGGACAAAUUCUACAAGUACAUAUUCGAGAAGCAGCAGCGUCACUUGCCAGAGUCUAUUCUCGCCAAAAUCACGGUUGCCACGGUGAACGCGUUGAACUACUUGAAGGAGGAGCUCAAGAUAAUACACCGGGACGUGAAGCCCAGCAACAUCUUACUGCACCGCAGAGGCGACAUCAAGCUGUGUGAUUUUGGAAUAUCGGGACAGCUAGUGGAUUCAAUAGCCAAGACCAAGGAUGCGGGCUGCAGACCCUACAUGGCGCCGGAACGCAUCGAUCCAGAGCGUGCCAAGGGGUAUGAUGUGCGGAGCGAUGUGUGGUCCUUGGGUAUAACUUUGAUGGAGGUGGCGACAGGUAACUUCCCAUAUCGCAAAUGGGACUCGGUAUUUGAGCAGCUGUGCCAGGUUGUGCAAGGCGAACCGCCGCGACUAAUGACCUCAUACAAUGGCAUGGAGUUCUCCAAAGAGUUUGUAGAAUUCGUCAACACUUGCCUCAUUAAAAAGGAGAGUGACAGGCCGAAGUACAGCCGACUGCUGGAGAUGCCCUUCAUACGUCGCGGCGAGACGAGCCACACCGAUGUGGCUGUGUACGUGGCAGAUAUCCUCGAGUCAAUGGAAAACGAUGGCAUAACACAGUUCACGGCCAACCAGCAGGCGGAGAGUUAAUCACCUCGAUGCAAAUUAACUAAGAUUCAGCAACAAAAACACACAACAAACAAAAUGCAAACUAAUCACGGAAGAAGAAACAUAAAAACAUAAGUUGUUGUCUACUCUGUAGCAUUCAUAGUAAACGUAGCGCGUAUCGUAUAUUGUUUUGAAGACAAAAACAAAACUAAGCUAAUGGAAAAGUGUGUAAGCUGAAAGUACAUAGAAUAGAUGUGUGAAUCCAAUCCGCAAGAGAAAGAAACUAUUGUACGGCAAUAAUUUUUGUAUUCGUGCGUUGAAAAUGUGUGAAAAAAUAAAUUCCCAAAUUGUAAUUGUUUAGAAAAAGGUCAGAAAGUAGAGGCGAAAGCUGGCAACACACAUCCCCCCAGAGUAGAUGUCCCUUUACGUUCAGCCAGCGAGCAUUUUAUUUAAAUUCGAACUAUUCGUUUAUCAUUCUUGAUGGCACAUCCGCUGUAAGUGAUACAUUCUGCGUUAUUAAACGAAAAAAACAAAAACCUAAGCAAUGAGAACGGUUUGGUAGGAACGAAAGGAUAAAAUAAACAAAAAUCGAUGAUGGUUCACUACCUAUACGAGUAUAAGCUAAUGGAAACACCAACACGCGACCCAAUGCGUGCAAUAGAAAUAGUUCAACCAUACUAUUAAAUGAUGCAUUAUUUAUUGAGUCGAUUUUGUAAUCCUAUUAUACAUAUACUUUUUUUUAUUUAUUAUUUUGCAUAUGAACAUGAUUGUGAAAAGCUUUAAAUGAUUGGCCAGCGGCUUAAAUGUUUAAAUUUUAGUAGAAAUAAUUGCAGGAAUAUGCAAAAAAUAAUCGCUUAAUAUAUGAAAUAAUUAGCCAGAACACCAACAAAACACACACACACACACACAUCCCCACACCGCUCACACACACACACACACAAACGCUUUUACGCGUAGUAUUUAGUUUUAAGCGAAGCAAAAUAUUUAGCAAAAAGUUACGGCUUCAAGAAGGAAGUCAAGUGAAAAUGAAAAUAAAACAAAUUAAAUGUA